AUGUUCAUCCAUAUCCAGUUAUCCACAUAUUUUUCGGUUGACGCCUCAAGUUGUCCAGUAUGAAAGUCCAUCAUCAUCUGAAGGCUAAUUUCAAUCGCUUCCACUUCUACUUCUUGUCUCGAUUUUCUCGCAGAUUCUCUCACUUUCUUGGGAAUCUGCAUGAGGGGCCGGAAUCAUGGAAACCCAUGGAGGGUCUGGUCCGUUGCUCAGCUAACUACGCUCCGUUGUCUCCUAUCGGGUUCUUGGAGAGAUCGGCCAAGGUUUACAGAGACAGGACUUCGGUUGUGUAUGGCUCUGUCCGGUAUACGUGGAGUGAGACCCAUGAAAGGUGCCUCAAGCUUGCUUCUUCUUUGACCCAGCUUGGAAUUUCUCGUGGAGAUGUGGUUGCAACUCUGGCUCCUAAUGUCCCAGCAAUUUAUGAGCUACAUUUUGCAGUUCCAAUGGCAGGAGGAGUUCUUUGUACGCUCAAUUCACGCCAUGAUUCUGCCAUGGUUUCAGUCCUACUCAAACAUUCUGAGGCCAAAAUCAUCUUUGUGGACUACCAGUUAAUUAAAACUGCUCGACAGGCACUUGAUCUCCUCGAAAACACAGGUGCAAAACCACCCAUUUUAGUCUUAAUUUCAGAACAUGAUGAUUUGAAUACUUCCAGCAUUUUUACAUCAAACAGCUAUGAAUAUGAGAGUUUAUUGGCAAGUGGAGAUAAUGGAUUCACGAUUAGACGACCUGAGAGUGAAUUCGAUCCUAUAAGUGUAAAUUAUACCUCGGGGACCACAUCACGGCCUAAAGGAGUAGUGUAUUGUUACAGAGGUGCUUAUCUGAACUCCCUCUCAACUGUCUUUCUUCAUGAAAUGAGAUCGAUGCCUGUGUAUUUAUGGACUGUGCCUAUGUUUCACUGCAAUGGCUGGUGCCUAAUUUGGGGAGUUGCUGCGAUGGGUGGAACUAACAUAUGCCUUAGAAAAGUCUCUGCAAAGGGGAUUUUUGACAGUAUAUCGGAGCACAAUGUGACUCACAUGGGAGGAGCUCCAACGGUCUUGAGCAUGAUUGUGAAUUCCUCAAUCAGCGACAGGCGCCCUCUUCCUCACAAGGUCCAAGUCAUGACUGGGGGUGCACCACCACCACCAAAAAUCCUUCACGAGAUGGAAGAAUUGGGGUUUGGUGUCUCUCAGUUGUAUGGCCUUACAGAAACUUACGGUCCUGGAACAUCUUGUGUUUGGCAACCUGAAUGGGAUUCUCUUCCUUUAGAGGAAAGAGCAAAGUUGAAAGCCAGACAGGGGAUGCACCAUCUUGGUUUGGAAGAUGUUGAUGUAAAAGAUCCGAAAACCAUGGAAAGUGUACCUGCUGAUGGUAAGGCAUUAGGGGAGAUUAUGUUCAGGGGAAACACUGUAAUGGAUGGAUACUUAAAAGAUAUGAAAGCAACAGCAGAAGCAUUCAGAGGAGGCUGGUUUCGAAGUGGAGAUCUUGCGGUGAAGCAUCCGGACGGGUAUAUUGAGAUGAAGGACCGGUUGAAAGACAUUGUAAUUUCCGGGGGAGAGAAUGUAAGCACUGUUGAAGUAGAAACAGUUGUGUAUAGUCAUCCAGCAGUUCUUGAGGUUGCAGUAGUCGGCCGCCCGGAUGAUCAUUGGGGACAAACACCAUGUGCAUUUGUGAAGUUGAAAGAAGGAUUUGAUGUUGAUGGUCAAGAACUAAUCAACUAUUGCCGGGAUCGCUUGCCACAUUAUAUGGCUCCCAAGACUGUCAUUUUCCAGGAUUUGCCAAGAACAGCAACUGGGAAAGUGCAGAAGUUUAUUCUAAGAGAGAAAGCAAAGGCACUGGGCAGUAUUUCUUAAGUGUUAAAAAGAUCACAAACCUUGUGAAACCUCAUGCCUCCAUGAUUGUACUCUCUUUUUAAUAAGAUAAAGAAAAAACGAUGGACAAAAUAGUUUACUCCCUCAACAAUUUGUAACAUUGGGAUCCAAGCUAUUUAAUUUCUAUAUUGCGGUGAAGGGUGGCACCUGUACUCCACCUUGAGAACCUGA